CCAGUUGCCAAUAGCUGAAGAAGAGAAGACAAGCACUCAUGGCCUGCUCCUCCACAUUUAUCUUGGUGUCCGUGUUGCUGCUGAUGGCAGCGGGGCAGCUGUGUCUCGCGGUCCAUCCACUACUCGUGUUCCUGAUCGAUGGUUUUCGUUACGACUACAUGGACGACCUGAACUCACUACCUGGCUUUAAGGAGCUUGUGUCCAGAGGGGUGACAGUAGACUCCAUGAAGCCGGACUUCCCGAGUUUAUCCUACCCGAACUACUACUCACUAAUGACAGGCCGUCACUGUGAUGUCCAUCAGAUGACUGGAAACUACAUGUGGGAUGAAUCCUCUGGAAAGGAGUUUCUGAUCGGGAUCAAUUCCGACAGCAGGUUGCCUUUAUGGUGGAAUGGAUCAGAGCCACUAUGGGUCACUUUGCAGAAGCUUGGAAAGAAAGUUUUUAUGUACUACUGGCCAGGCUGUGAGGUUGAGAUUCUGGGAGUUCGCCCAACAUUCUGUGAAGAGUACAUCUACAAUCCAUCAAUGGCAAACCUAACGGAUUCAAUUGAACGUUCUCUCAACAUACUCAAGUCAGGUGAUGCAAACAUGGCAGCAAUAUAUUAUGAGAAAAUCGACGUAGAGGGACACCACUUUGGUCCAGACUCCCCUCAGAUCAAAACAGCACUGCAACAACUGGACACUGCAAUGCAGAUGCUGAACUCCAAAAUUAAGGAGAAGGACAUGUUGAAUCAGGUCAAUGUUGUGAUGUUUUCAGACCAUGGCAUGACAAAAAUUGAAUGGAUGGACAAGGUGAUUGAGUUGGACAAGUAUAUCAACAUGUCAGAUGUUGUCAAGAUGAUGGACAAAGGACCAGUUGUCAGUUUGUGGAUCCAAGGAGACAAGUUCCAACAGGUGCAUGCAGCUUUGUCCAAAUUGCCAAACAUCCAUGCUUAUGCCAGAGAGGAUAUCCCUGACAGCUUCCAUUAUAAAGCAGGAAAGUUUGUUGCCCCUCUGACACUGGUGGCUGAUCCUGGCUGGUUCAUCGUCCAGAAUAAGGAUAAGCUCCCAUACUGGAAAAAUGACUCCAGUGGGGAGACCUCGGCAUGGCAAAAUGGCUGGCAUGGUUACGACAAUGAUUUUAAAGACAUGGGCGGCUUUUUCUUGGCAGCAGGACCUGACUUCAAGCAGAAUUUCCGUGCUCUUCCUAUCCGAUCUGUGGACGUCUAUAACGUAUUAUGUCGGACAUUGGGAGUGGAACCUUUGCCAAAUAAUGGGUCCUGGUCCCGGGUUGAGAAUCUCCUCAACAGUUCUGGUGGUCUGCACUUGCCCACAACCCAGUGGAUCUGCUGGUUAGCUUUAUUAGAAACCCUGCUGGCACUGCGGCAUUAUUUUUAAAGUGUACAGGCAAAAGAAAUGUAACAAGCUACACAGUUUUGCUUGAAACCACCAAGAGCUGGCACAUCAAUUACGAAUCUUGAAUGGUGUUUUGAAAUUUCUACUGGGAUUAGGUUUUAAUUGAAGAAAUUCCAAACAUUCUUAAUUAUGAGUGUGAUUUAGAAGGACAAAAAGCCCAGCUAUGAAAGAAAGUAGAAUAGAAUACAGAUAACAUUGAUAGUAUGAAUAGAUAGAAUGAAUACAUAUUGUUUUUUUUAAAUUCCAAGUUAAUGUCUUUUCAGAGUCCUUUUAAGAACCGUGAGAUUUUUUGACUGAAGUGAGGUACAUGUUGUCCAGGAAAAAUGCAACUAUACUGUGCUAUAAAUAUUUUGAUAUUCAAUGCAAAUUUCUUUAACUUUCUUUAUUGUUCUAUAAAUAAAUUUUCUUUGAUUUGAAACAUAA